UUGAAAUUUUCAAGUCAACCAAUAUGUAAUAGAAAUUUCUUUCACUCACUCAAUUUUUUUUCUUCUUCUGAUUUUGUGGAUUUUUUCCCCUUUUUUCCCCCAUGUCGUCCUCUAUCUUGCCUUGCUUCACCAGCACAAUUGGUUAUCGCAGUGGAUUGUUUGCGCAAAAGCUAAGGAAGGAGGAUUUUGAUGCUGUCAAUGUGAAGGGGUCGAUUCUUGCAUGGACGCAAGCCGGAUAUCCGUUGGUGACAGGCUAUGAUGAACAUAUGGGAAGCAGUGACUUAACUAACCCUCAGGUGAUGACGAAGAGGGUACACGUCUGGAGCGACAAGUUCUGCCUGCAAGGAGAAGGAUAUCAACCCGUCACCCAGCCCUCAUUGAGAAUAGGCAUUCCCAAGUGCACAAUCUCUGGAGGAGGAUUCAUCAGCUUCUUCUGGCGCCAAGUCUUCAGCAUGCCAAUCAAGCUGCUGGGAGUUUUCGCUUCCCGAGUCAGAGGGGCUGUGUGGGACGGAGGCAAAAAAGAGCGGCAAGGGAAGACAGAGAAUGCGGAGAGGCAGAGCAAAGGAGAACAAUAGAAAUGGUUGCAGAAUCGGCUAGGGGAAAGAGGGGGAAAACAGACAGGCAAAACAUUCAACGGGCACAAACACAGACGCAGAGAGGAAAAGGAAGGAAGGCAAGCCAUGGAGUGUGCUGUUGAGCACAUUCAUCUCUCAAGCCUGAGACUCCUGCUGACCAAAAGUCUGCCGCACAUCCGUGGAUUGACCGGGCAGUCCAGAUUUGCAAUAAGAUGUUUUUCAACUUUUGUGAAAAAAAAGAAAAAAAAAAAGGAAAACAACAGUCAUGGCAGGUCGAUAGAGCAUGAGACAAGGGCCAGACAUGCAUCACAAAAAAAAAAACAAAAAAAAACAAGGCAGUGCACAGAUGAG